GCUCUCAGGGCAGGUUUCAGCGCUGCUGGUUCAGACAGAGUCAAAUAUCAGCGGCGGAGACACAAUGGACGAGAGCACAGUGCAAACACGCUGCUGAGAGACACACACACACUUUAUCCCGGUGUCAUGGCGAGCAGCGGACGCCUCUGACGGAGUGGACAGCCCUCGUUUUCUUCGCUUUUUCAAAGUUAUUGCAGUCGGACAUUGAGUCGCAUCCCAUCAUCGGUCACCAUGCCUCCCACAACCCCGUACGCCGGAAAGUUCAGCCCCUGCGCCCCUUACGGCAACAACAACAACCACCACCCUGCGCCUCACAGCCCGUACCGCAACGGCACCGCCCCCGAGCCCGCCAAGGAGAACGUCUACAGCGGCGCCUACGCCUGCGCGGAGAACCCCUACGACGUGCCGCAGCCGCACGCCGCGUACCGCAGCUCCUCCGUGUCCUCCGUGACCGCCAGGGAGCACCAUUACAACGGCGGCCGCGCGGUUUCGGAGAACCCGUACUCCUCGCCGCAGCCUCACAGCCCGCGGCAGCACAGCACUUCCUGUCCUGGGCGGGCGUACCGCCACACCACCACCACCACCAGCAGCAGCGGCAGCGGCGGCAGCGAGCAGUCCUCUCGCAACAACUCCGUUGCGGCGAAAGGCCGGCGGUACGGACAUGGCGUCACCGCUAGCUACGGGGAGAUGUGUUACCAUGACAACAGUUUGGUUUCAGCAUCCCUCGAGGCCCUGAUCCAGCACCUGGUUCCCACGGUGGACUACUACCCAGACAGGUCGUACGUGUUCACCUUCCUGCUGAGCUCACGCCUCUUCCUGCACCCGUACGAGCUCAUGACGAGGGUUUGUCACCUGUGCGUGGAGCAGCAGCGGUCCGGAGACGCCCUGCUGGACAAGAUCCGCUUCCGCGAAGUGGCGCCCAAGCUGGUGCAGCUGCUGACCGAGUGGACGGAGACGUUUCCGUACGACUUCAGGGACGAGAGGAUGAUGCGCUGCCUCAACGACAUGACGCAGCACGUGGCCCGGGGAGACGAGUACUCGUGGCGGGCCAUGCAGCAGAUGACCCAGCGGCUGAUCAAGCGCCUGUCGGCCCUCGGCCAAUACGAGGAGGCCGUGUCGGCGCUCAGCGCCGUGGCGAUGGAGCGGCCCGCCUCCCUGAAAGGCAAACAGGCCGCCGGCCAGCGGAGCGACGUGAUGAGCGCGUGCGACGACCCCUUCGUGCUCGCGCAGCAGCUCACGCACAUCGAGCUGGACAGACUGAGUUUUAUCGGUCCUGAGGAGUUCAUCCAAACAUUCGCCAUGAAGGAUCCUUUGGAGAACCACAAGGGUUUCUUCCGAAAGCGUAAAACCAGUAACCUGGAGGCCUACAUCAACUGGUUCAACAGACUGAGCUACCUGGUUGCCACGGAGAUCUGUAUGCCAGUGAAGAAGAAACACCGAGCGCGUAUCAUUGAGUUCUUCAUUGACGUAGCUCAGGAGUGUUUCAACAUCGGCAAUUUCAACUCCCUCAUGGCCAUCAUCACCGGGAUGAACAUGAGUCCUGUUGCCAGGCUGAGGAAAACCUGGAGUAAGGUCAACACCGACAAGUUCGAAAUCCUGGAGCACCAGAUGGACCCGUCCAGCAACUUCACCAACUACCGCACGGCGCUCCGCGGCGCCACGCAGAGGUCUGAGACGGCCCACAGCAGCCAGGAGAAGAUUGUGAUCCCUUUCUUCAGCCUCCUCAUUAAAGACAUCUACUUCCUGAAUGAAGGCUGUGCCAGCAAGCUGACCAACGGGCACAUCAACUUUGAGAAACUUUGGGAGCUUGCCAAGCAGGUCAGUGAAUUCCUGGUGUGGCGUCAGGUCAUUUGUCCGUUCGACAGAGACCGCCGGAUCCUCCAGUAUCUUGUCACCAUGCCUGUCUUCACUGAAGAUGAGCUGCACCUGGCCUCGUAUGAGAGUGAAGGACCUGAGAACAACAUGGAGAAAGACAGCCGUAGGUCACUCAGAUCUUCCCUUCGGUCCUAGGCGAGCGACAUUCUCGCCUGCUCUGCAGACUGUAGAUGAACGAGGGGUUUUAAAGCUACAGGUUCCUUCAUAGAAUCUCUCAUGGACACAUUUUUACAUUCCUUUUGGUGAACAAAGCAGCCGGGCCCGUAUUCUCACAUAUAAACGGAAAGACUACACUGCAGCUCACAAGAUUCACCCUUUCACAAACCUUUGAUGAAAUGAAUCACGACUUCAGUGCUGCAGCUUUCAAUCUUGCGAUUCCCGAAAAGAGCUGGCAGUGCUGAUUUGGAUCAUUAUCCGAGCUUACUCUCAACAUCAGCUCUUUCCCAGGCACUUACAGGACUUACAGGCUGUGGAUUUAGUUUAUGUUUCCGGUGGACCCUUUGUCAUGGGGAAAACGUGUUGUUGAGGGACCCCCAAUGCGGAAGCGGAAACGGCCGGAGACGGAUGUACAUCGCAACAUCGGCACUGUCCCCCCCCCGCGGACAACCUGGCUGAGCGGAGUUGGGACCCACAGAGGAGAGGGGCACUCUGAAAGGAACAUCAUCGAUUUGUAUUAUAGGUGACAGGCUAAUUCCUGCUUUUCAGAAGUGGUGUUUUUCUGCGGUGUUGUCUUGUUAAGUGCUCGAUUGUGAUGGCAACACCGUGAGCAGCAAAGGCACCGCAUCCUUUCCAUUUCCUCUCCGUUUACAGACAGCAUUCAUUUCCGUCUCUUUGGAGGCUGUGAUCUGAUUUAAAAAGAAGCUAAUGCAAGUCAAUAUGUCAGCUGCACAGAGCCCGACCCGAUCCACAGACACUGCACUCAUGCUAUUGGGCUCUGCACGUUUUGUGAUGUGUGCACUUCGCCUGCGUACUGGUGCGGUGCAGAAUUGUGCGUAAGCAACGUCGCGCUAAUCAUGCAAGUUAAAUCAAAUGCACUUCAGUGGGUUGAUAUGUAUUGUAUUUAAGCUGUCUUUCAAUACAGUAUUAAUUUGUAUUUUGUAUCAGAACAUAAAGAAAUGUGUUUUUUCUUCAUGUACCUUUGUGUCUUUGCGAGCUUGUUGCUGGUUGGCUGGCUCUGUGUUGGUAAGCUAGCUUUAACACCAGUUCAUGUCACAAGGAAGUGUUUUUUGGAGUCUGAAUGAAACAGAAACUGAUGUGUGUGCGUGUGUGUGUGUGUGUGUACAGCCUGGAUACAGUCAUUUCUCCUCUUUAUCUGAUCUGUGAUGACUUGAGCUUGAUGUGUUUCUUACAAAUUUGCCUAUGAGUGAUGCUAUCGCUUUAUUUUUUGUUGUCUUUUUUCGAAAAAAGCUAAUUUGUUAAAAGUGUUUUCUCAUGUGUUUGUGUGUAUUAUUUUGUGCUACCAGUCAGGGUACUUGUACUGAAGGUCUUUGUGAAAAGAAUUAUAUU